AUGACUACCAAAACAAAUGCAUGGCAAAUCAUUCGAGAUUUGCAUACCGCUUGUGGACAUAAAGGAGAGAAAAAAAACUACAAAAAAGUUGCAGAACAUUAUGCUAAUAUACCAAUGGUUAUAAUAAAACAGUUUAUUGAACAGUGCGAGAGGUGUACAGAGAAAACAAAAAAAGUAUACAGUACAGGAAUUGUUGUUAGACCCAUAAUAAGUAAAGAUCUUAAUUCCAGAGCACAAAUCGACUUAAUUGAUUACCAAAGUUUGCCUGAUGGUCAAUACAAAUUUAUUUUGCACUAUAAGGAACAUUUAACAAAAUAUAGUAUUUUAAGACCGCUAAUAUGUAAACGUGCUGUUGAAGUAGCCAAAGAAAUUUUAAACAUUUUUUUGGAUUUUGGAGCUCCGACUGUUCUACAAUCCGAUAGCGGUAAAGAGUUUACUGCAAAUAUAAUCAAGGAGUUAGGGACUCUCUGGCCUACCUUAGUUCUUGUGAAUGGGAGGCCACGGAAUCCACAAAGUAAAGGAAGUGUGGAAAGAGCAAACGCUACUGUAAAAAAUGCAUUAGUGGCUUGGAUGCGUGACAAUAAGACUUCUUCUUGGUCGUUGGGCCUAAAAUUUGUGCAAUGGGGUAUUAACACAACUUAUCAUAAUGCUAUAAAAAUGGAACCAUACAAAGCUAUGUUUGGUCAGCCACCAAAAUUAGGCUUAGGUUCUAAGAUACCACAAGAAUUUCUUGCUGCGAUAUCCAACGGGAUAACAGAAGAAAAUAUGGAUGAAAUAUUAAAAAUACCAGAUAAUGAGAGUUAUGAAGAAAACACAGAAAAUUAUUUAACUUUGCAGGAAGUAUCUACUACUGAAUUUCAGUCAGAAGUUGUAGUAGAGCACAUAAACAAUGAUAACAGCAAAAAUAUUGUCAUUUUAAGCAAUCAGCUCCUUGAGAAUCCCAUAGAAAAUGAGGAUGAGGUGACAGUUCUACAAGAACUUUUUUCAGAAAGAACAUUGAACACCGAUAUAGUCAGCGAUCAAACAAAUCAUCCUGCUAUUGACUUAAGAAAUCUCGCCUACAGAAAUAUUUUACAACAGGCUUAG